AUGUCUUCAUCAUUAAGAAAUAUAUCCAUAAAAAGUGUGCUGAAUAAAAAAAAAACAAAAAUAAAAAAAGAAAGUUAUAUUGAAAAUGCCCAUAUAAAUGAAAUUGUUGGUUGUGAUACAAACACAGAUCAUAAUGAACCCAACGCUUUUUCAAAAAAAGAAAAAAAAACAAAUAUCGAAAACCUUAAUAAUAGUGAUUAUCAAAGAAACUGUUCUAAUCUUGGGUCUCUAAAAAAUGUAAUAGAAAAACAUGAACUAAAAAAUAAGAACAGGAAUACUACUAAGGCUUGUUUAAUUAAUAAAGAUGAUGAAAAUAAUAUUUAUAAUGUUAAAAAAUUUAAAAAAAAAAAAAAAAAUAUGAUAAAAAAAAUGUCUUUACCAAUGAACUCAAAAGUUGCUAGUAUAAAUAAAAAUACAAAAAAAAAUGUAGAGAAUAUAACAUUAAAUUUUAUUGAUACAAAUGUAAAUGGUGAUGAAAAAGCUAGCGAUUUUAUUACUCAUUCAAUUAAUGAAAAAGUGAAAUUACAAGGAUAUGAUUUUUACAAAAAUAAAAAAUCAGUAAUUAUGAAAAAAUCUCAAAAUGCAAAUAUCUUUAAAAAAACAAAAAAUAUUAAACUUUUAUUUAAAGGAAAAAAUAUAAAAGAAAUUUUAAAUAAAAAAAAAAAUACAAAAAUUGCUAACCAUGAUCAACAACAAAAAAACAAAUGUUGUAAUCUAAAUAUCGAUAAAACAAAAUCGAAUUCGAAUAAUUCGGAGAAUUUUUGUAAUGAAGAAAACACCAACAAUUUAUCUAUUAAUAAUUUUGAUAAUAUACAUGAUAAUAGUUAUUAUAAUAUAAAUAAUUUAGACAAUAAGGAGAAUGGAAAUACAUAUACAAACCCUCGUUGUAAUAUAGAUACUGAAAAAGAUUGUAUUUAUUCUAUGUAUCAUAAAAACGAUAUAAUAGAUAAUAUAAAAUAUUCUGAAAAAUAUAAUAAAGAUAAUUUACUGGAAAAUGAAGAUAUUAAAAAUAGUGAUCAUGUAACAUUUUUAAAAGAAGAAAUAAAUGAUGAUAACUAUUUAAGUACUAAUUGUAAAUCUAUUCAUGUGAAUCAAAAUAAAAUAAAUAAUAAUUGUUCAGAAUAUAAUGACAUGUAUACGAAUCAACAAAGCAAUGAAUCUAGAGAUGGAUACAUUACAUAUAAAACGUGUGUCUUACUAAAUGAAUUAGGAGAUACCAAUAAUAUUUUAUGUGAAAAUGGUGAGUAUUUAUCUGUUAAUGGCUAUGGCUCCAAUAAUAAUGAACAUAAGGGAGAAGAAAAGGGAGAAGAAAUAGAAGAAGAGGUGGGCGAAGAAAUGGAAGAAGAGGUGGAAGUGAUGAACGAAGAAAUAGAAGAAGAGGUGGAAGAGGUGGGCGAAGUGAUGUACGAAGGAGACUGUAUUGUAAACCCUGAUGUACGGGAUCAUUUAGAUGUAAACAAAAUUGAAUAUGAAAUUUCUCAACAUAAUGAGCUUGAUGAGAUGAAGAUGUCGAAAAAUAUCAGUCCUGUGGAUAAGAACCAAAGUUUAGAUGAGGAUAAUAAAAAUUAUGAAAGUUCGUCCAGUAAUUUUAAUGAUUUAACUGAUGGGUCGAUUUCUAGUAUAUCUGAUUCAUUCAGCUUAAAACGAUUACCCAAAAUUCCGAAAAAUAUAAAUUUAAUAGAUAGUAAUGAAGAUAUAACAAAAUUAGAUGAAGAAGAUUUAUGUUCCUCUUCUUUAAAUAUUAAUCUAAAAGGAUGUAAAAAAAAAGAAAAAAAGGGAAAAAGAAAAAGAGAAUUAAAAAAAAAUGGUAUUUCUAAAGUUUAUGAAAAUGAUAAAACUUGUUAUUAUUCAACUACAGUUUCAAAUAAUAAAUUAAAUAUAAGCCAAGAAAUAUAUGAAGAUAAUAAUAUUGUUAGUGUAUCUGAAGAACAUAGUAGUUCAUAUCUUGAAGUAGGUUAUGAUAUGAAUAGUAAUAUUAGUUGGGAAGGUAAAAUAAAAGACGAAUAUGAAUCCAUUUGUGAUAAAAAUAUAAUCAGAUGUAAACAAAAUUCUGAUAAUUUCGAACCAGUUAACAAAGACUUGAACAAUGAUUCAGGUUGUGAAUCGAAUUUUUUGACUAAAAUAAAAAAAAAAAUAAAUAAAUAUGAUUUAUCAAAAUCUGAUAAUUAUUUUAUAGACAAUAUAAAUGAUGAAAAAAAAAAUGUUGAAAAAUUUUAUUUUGCAAAUUCUGAACAUAGCUAUAGUAAUAAUUCUUCACUUAAUUUGAAUAUGUGUAUACAAGAUUCAAAUGGAAAAAAAAAUAAUAUUUCUAAAAAAGAAAAUAACAAUGAUGAUACUCAUUAUAGUGAUGAAAAUAAUUUUUUAACAAGUAAUUCAUUAAACAUGCAAAAUUCUGAUCAUAGUUCUGCAAUAAAUAUUGAGAAUACAGGCGAUUUAAAAGAAUCACAAGAAAAUAUCGAAAUAGAAAAUGAAGAUAAAAAAAUAAUUUAUCAUAGUGACAAUAAUAGUAAUUUUGUUAAUCAGGAUAAUAAUGCAAUGGACUUGUCAUUACUUGAAAUGGGUGAAUUUGGUCAAAAGAACCAGGAAAUAAAUCCCAUUCAAUGUGAUGAUGCAUCUAAUAAUGAAUCAGAGCAAGAAGAUGAUAAUUGCAUUGGAAUAAAUAAUUAUAAUGCCGAUAAAAAUGAGAAAUAUGAAGGUAGUGAUGCCGAUAAAAAUGAAAAAUAUGAAGAUAGUGAUGCCGAUAAAAAUGAAAAAUAUGAAGAUAGUGAUGCCGAUAAAAAUGAAUAUUUAGUAACACCUCGUUUUUAUAGUAGUAAUAUUCUUUCAAAUGCAGACAAAAAUUUUCAUGGUGAUUCUGAAACGGUGCAGUAUCGAGACGAUAUUAUAGUGCACUAUCGUAAUGUCGAUAACAAUCCUAGUGCUGAACUGUUUUAUUCUUCGUCAUCCUUAAGCAGUCAUAAUAGUCUUGAACAAAGUCAAACAAAAAUGCAUGAUAAUAAAAUAUUAACAAAUAAUAAUGAAGACGAAAUUAAAAUUAUGUAUUUUUCAAAUGAACAUGAAGAUACAAUAAACGAAAAAAGUGAUACAAGUUUUGAAAAUGAAAAUAAUAAUUAUAAAAUUGAAGAUAGUAUGGAAAUUUCAGAAUCAGUUAACUUAGUAAAUUAUGUUGAAUAUGCUCAAAAUGACGAUACUGAAUUUGAAAAAAAUGAGAUAGUUGACAAAGACGGAAAUAAGGAUAACUCUGAACAAACAAAAUACAAAAAUGAUUCUAAAAAAGAAGUAAAACCAGAAAUGGGAUAUAAAAUAAAUGACAACUAUAGUACUAUGGUAGACUCGAGUUUUCUUAUUGAAGACGAAAAAGAUGGAAAAUUGGAAAACAAUUCGUUAAACGAUGACCGCAAAAAAAAAAAAAAAACUAUAUUCAAAGCGAAUAUAUUGCAAAGUAUUAAAAAAUUUAUGGGAAAGAGAGGCGCGCCUUCCCCCAAGAAAAUUGCUCAGCGUGAAGAAGCAGAAAAAGGAGAAGAAAAUGCAGAAGUAAUAAAUGCUGAGGUAGAACCAGAAAAGGGGGAAGAAGAUGUAGAAGUAAUAAAUGCUGAGAUAGAAGCAGAAAAGGGAGAAGAAAAUGCAGAAGAAAUAGAUAUUGAGGUAGAAGCAGAAAAGGGGGAAGAAAAUGCAGAAGAAAUAAAUAUUGAGGUAGAACCAGAAAAGGAAGAAGAAAUAAAUGUUGAUAUAGAAGAAAAAAAGGAAGAUGAAAUGUAUGUUGAAAUAGAAACAGAAAAGGAAGAUGAAAUGUAUGUUGAAGUAGAACCAGAAAAGGAGGAAGAAAUAGAUGUUGAGGUGGAUUCAGAAAAGGAAGAAGAAAUAUAUGUUGAAAUAGAAGCAGAAAAGGAAGAUGAAAUGUACGUUGAAGUAGAACCAGAAAGGAAAGAAGAAAUAGAUGUUAAGGUAGAGUCAGAAAAGGAAGAAGAAAUAUAUGUUGAAAUAGAAGCAGAAAAGGAGGAAGAAAAACCAGAAGAAAUAAGUGCUGAGAUAGAACCAGAAAGGAAAGAAGAAAUAGAUGUUAAGGUAGAGUCAGAAAAGGAAGAAGAAAUAGAUGUUGAAGUAGAAGUAGAAAAGGAGGAAGAAAAGCCAGAAGAAAUAGAUGUUGGGGUAGAAGCAGAAAAGGACGAAGAAAUAUAUGUUGAGGUAGAAGAAGAAAAAAAUGAAAAAGAGUAUGACAAUAAUAAUGAUAAAACUGAUAACAAUAGGUACGAACAAAGUAUUUCAUUGGAUAGAGACAAAUUAGAAUAUAAACAUUUUUAUGUUUCUAAUAAAAAUACCGAAAUGUUAAAUAUUAAUAAAAAUAUAUUCGAUCAAAACAUAAAAUAUUAUAAGAGAACUAAAUCGAUGGAAUAUAAUUCAUCAUUAUACAUAAAUAAAGACUAUGAAAAAAAACAUGCAUAUUCGGAUGAUGAAAAUAUAAAAAUAAAUAAUAAAUUAACAAGACAGAAAACUGAACAGCAUAAUAAAAAUUUUAUUAAAAUAGAUGAAACGUAUGAUAAGGAGUGUGAUUUAAAAUAUGGGGAUAAAAAAACAAAAAAUAAAAACGAAAAUUAUCACGAUAAAGAACUUAAAUAUAAUUCUAAUGAUGAUUCGUCAGUUUGUAGUGAAUUUGAUAAUAAAAAAUAUAUAAGCACAAUAAAAAGUCUUCUACAUGAAUUUAUGGAAAAGAAGACAAUUUCUAAGAAUACAAAUAUCAGUGUUGAAGAGGAGAUCAUAGAUGUAAUACCUUCUGCGAAAAUAAUAGAAUCUAAAAUAGCAAAGGAGGGUUCAAUAGGAAUAAACAUAGUAGAAGCAGAAGAAGACGCAUUUACUUCAAUUCCUAUCUGUACUAAUCUCAAGAUCGAUGAAGAAAAUGAAAGAAUAGAAGAUUCCAAACUACUUCAAGAUGUUAAAGAAGAUGGGAAAAAAAAUAUUCCUUCGAACAUAAUCGAUGAAAUAAAUAUGAUUAAAAUUAACAAUGACCAGUUAACAAAAGAAAAUGAUUCUUUGAAAACAAAUUAUUACAAUUUAGCAAAUCUGAUAGAUGCUAUUAAGAAAGAAAAAUCGAAAUAUGAAUUCGAAAACGGCUCGUUAAAAGAGCAAAACACCGAACUUAAAAGUGAUAACGAAACGCUUAGAUGUGAUAACGAGACUCUUAGAAGUGACAACGAGACGCUUAGAAGUGACAUUGAGACGCUUAUAAGUGAUAUAGAGACUCUUAGAUGUGACAAUGAUUCGUUAAAAGAACAAAACACCGAACUGAGAAGUGACAACGAUUUGUUAAGAAGUGAUAAUGAGACUCUAAAAAGUGACAAUGAUUCGUUAAAAGAACAAAACACCGAACUGAGAAGUGACAACGAUUUGUUAAGAAGUGAUAAUGAGACUCUAAAAAGUGACAACGGCUCGUUAAAAGAACAAAACACCGAACUGAGAAGUGACAUAGAGACGUUUAGAAGUGACAACGAUUCGUUAAGAACUGAUAAUGAGACUCUAAAAAGUGACAAUGAUUCGUUAAAAGAACAAAACACUGAACUGAGAAGUGACAAUGAUUCAUUAAGAAAUGAUAAUGAGACUCUUAGAUGUGACAACGAUUCGUUAAAAGAACAAAACGCCGAACUUAGAUGUGAUAACGAUUCGUUAAGAAGUGAUAUAGAGACUCUUAGAUGUGACAACGAUUCGUUAAAAGAACAAAACACCGAACUUAGAUGUGAUAACGAUUCGUUAAGAAGUGAUAUAGAUACUCUUAGAUGUGACAAUGAUUCGUUAAAAGAACAAAACACCGAACUUAGAUGUGACAUAGAGACGUUUAGAAGUGACAACGAUUCGUUAAGAAGUGAUAUAGAGACUCUUAGAUGUGACAACGAUUCGUUAAGAAGUGAUAUAGAGACUCUUAGAUGUGACAACGAUUCGUUAAGAAGUGAUAUAGAGACUCUUAGAUGUGACAAUGAUUCGUUAAGAAGUGAUAUAGAGAAGCUUAGAAGUGAUAAUGAAACGCUAAAAAGCGAAAAUAAGACAAUAAAAGAGCAAAAUGGGGAACUAACCCAUAAAGGGGAAGAGCUGCACAAACAAGAUGAGGAAUGGGAAAAUAAAAUUUCCAAACUUAUGGAAGAAAAUGAAAAGAUAAAAAAAGAUAUGGAAAAAAUAUAUAAGGAAAAAAAUGAGACCAAAAAAGAAUACGAAAUAUUAUUAGAAGAAAAAAAUGGUUUGAAAGCUGAAAAUAUUAACAAUAUAUUAAAAAUAAAAUUAUUAAAAGACGAAAUAACCAAAUUUAAUAAUAGCAGAACAGAGUUAGAAAUAGAAUUGGAAAACAGCAAAACAAAUAUAAUGCAAAAAAAUGAAGAUAUUAAUAAUAAAAAUAUAUUAAUUGAUGAAUUAGUUAGUGAACAAAAAAUUUUAGAAGAAAAAAUAUUCAUUUAUAAUGCAAAAAUUAAAGAGAUAGAAUCUAAGGAUAUUGAAAACAAUAAUUUGAAAAUAGAAAUAAGUGAAAUUAAAAAUAUCAUGAAUUCGAAGGACAUAGAAAUAUGUGAAAUUAAAACAAAUGAAUAUGCAUUGAGAGAAGAGAUAAAAAAAUAUAUUAACAUGGCUGAUGUUGAUAAGCAAAGAAUAAAUAAUUUAAUGAAAGAAGUAGAUAUUUAUAGAACCGAUUUAGAAUCUAUAAAUUUAGAAGUAAAAAAAUACCAAAAUGAAGCAAAAGCUCAUGAAGACGAAUCUGAUAAAAUAAAGAAAGAAUUAGAUGCAUACAGACAUGAAAUAGAAAAGAUACGAGCCGAAUCUAAUAAAAUUGAUGAAGAAAAUAAUAAAUAUAAAAAUGAAAUAAAUUUAUUACGAAAGGAUAACGAUGAAUUAAAAAAUAAAGUAGCAUAUUUUGAUGCAAAAGAAGAUGAAUUUUUUAAGAAAGAAAAAAUAAACAAAGACUGUGAAUUAACAAAAUUUGAUCAUGUAAAAAAAGAAAACGAGAUCAUGCAAAGCAAAGAUGAAGGGAAUAUAUUCGAUAAAGAUGACGAUAAAGAUGACGAUAAAGAUGACGAUAAAGAUGACGAUAGUGAGGACCCAGACGAAUCUAUAAUAAAUAAUAAAGAGAGUAAAAAAAAUAAACUAUAUAAUUUUUUUAAAAAUAUAACAAUAAACAAAUCAUCUCCAAGAGAGAAUUUAAUGAAUUUAUUCGGAAAAAAAAAAAUAGAAAUUUUAAAUAAUAAAGAAGUUGAAAUUCAAGCAAAAUUAGAUUAUACAAAUUAUGGGAAAAUAUGUGAAGAAAUUGAUGAACUAGAUCUUGAAAAAUUACAAAAUGCACACAAACAGCUGAUAAAGGAAUAUAUAUUUUUAGAAUACUUUUUUAAAGAAUAUAAAAAUGAUAAAGAAAAAUUAGACAUAAAAAAUAAAUAUAAUGAAGAUGAAGAAAUAACAAAAAUUUAUAAUAUUAUAAAUAAAUUGAAUCCAGAAAAAAAAAGGGAAGUGUUUCAAUACCUCGAACAAUUAUGCAGAUCAUUAUCUUCAUCUGAAAUUUGCAAAGAUGAUGAGAAAAAAAACAAAGUUAACAAUUUUGAAAAUAAAUUUGAAAAUAAAUUUGAAAAUAACUUUGAAAAUAACUUUGAAGAAAUAGAAUGGUUAAACAUGAUAAAAAAAUUAUUUAUAAAAUUAGACACAAAUGAAAACGACACUAUUUUAGAUAAAAUUUUUAAAAAGACAAAUGAAAUUAUAAAAAAUGUUAAAAUAAUAAGAAAUGAUUUAUCGAAUAUAAAUAGUAGUAAUAAUAACAAUGAUAAUUAUAUGAAUACACAAAUAGAUUGUUUUAAAAUAAUUGCACAUCUAAAUACCAUAUUUGGAGAUAUUUUAUUUAUUAAUUCAAAUAUAACACUGAUUCAGCAAACUAUAAAAGACAAAAAUAAAUUUAUGGACAAUUCCAAAUUAGAUGUAUUUAAAAAUAUAGACGCUGAUAAUGAUAAAGCAAAAGAUACAGCAUUUAAUAAAAUGGAAAAUCAAACAAAUAAAAAAAGUGAAGAAAUGAACUUUGUAAAAGGAAUACAUAAAUCUAUUUUGCAUGAACUCUUAAAUGAGGAAUGUAAUAAAAAUAAUACAGAAAAUAUAAAAGACGAUGAAGAAAAUUAUUUUGAAUGGGAAAAAAAUUUGAUAACUUUUUUUGAAUUAUGUUUUUGUAGUGAUUUGUUCAUAAUUUUAUGUCAUUUAUGUAAAGGAAUAAAUGAAAUCAAUUCCUAUGUAAAGAAAAAUGAAGAUGAUAAAUUAGAAAGAAGCAUUUUUUAUUUUAUGAAAUCCCUUGAUGAUAUAAUUAAUUUUUAUAAGUCAGAUAAUGUUAAUACAUAUUUUUUAGAACCAUAUGUUGAUUUAUUUUAUUUGAUAAAACAUUAUAUAGUAAAGGUUGAACAUAUAAUAAAAUCUGAAAAAAAAAAUAAAAUUUUCAAAAUUGUUUAUGAAAUUUAUAAUAUUAAAAAAAUAAUUAGAUUUAUUUUAUUGUCUUUUUUUAAGUUUCAUAAUAUAAAUACCUUAUUUGAAAUUCAACCUCCUUUAUAUCAUAGUACCGUUACUACUGUAAGCGAAAUAAAUCAACAAAAUUACAAAAAUGUGAAAGAUGCAAAAAAAAAAAGAGAUAUAACAAAUUCGAGUUAUAUAGAUGAAGAUGAGAAUAUGCUAAGUGGCAAAUUUGAUAAAGAUGAGAAUAUGCUAAGUGGCAAAUUUGAUAAAGAUGAGAAUAUGCUAAGUGGCAAAAUUGAUAAAGAUGAGAAUAUGCUAAGUGGCAAAUUUGAUAAAGAUGAGAAUAUGCUAAGUGGAAAAUUUGAUAAAGAUGAAGAUAGUAUAGAACAAAGCUAUUGGGGAAGCUUAUUGUAUAGCCAAUCCUACACUAGACAUAUAGAAAGUAAUAUAUUUAAUACGUGCCAAAAUAAUAGUAAAAAUAGAGAUGUAUCGAAAAUAGAAGUGAGAAAAUAUGAAUCAUCACAAAAUAAAAACAAAGACAAUUAUUAUUGGAAUGAAUAUGAUACAACCUUUAGAAAAGAAAAACAUUAUAUGAAUAAAAUUGUCAGAAAAAAUACAGAAAAUGUACUAACUCAAUUAAAUAAAAUAACAAAUCAAAUUAUCCAAUAUAAUUAUAAUUCACAUAUUAUUCCAGCAUUAAUAGCUAAUUAUAUUGAUGAAUCAAUUAUUUUAGAAAAGAAAGAAUAUGAAAAAGAAUUUUCAUAUAGAAAAGAAAAUUUAUAUGAUAAAAAUAAUACUAGUUGCCAUAUUUUAGUAAAAAAAAAAAUUUUAGAAAAUAUAAAACUUAACACUAUAAUAAUUAAUAGUACAGAUUUUAUAGAAUGUAUAAAAGAAGAUAUUAUAAAAGAAAAAUUAAAUAAAAAUUUCUUUUUUAAAAAAAGUUUUUAUAUAAAUAUAGACAUAAUUCAUAAACAUUUAUGUAUUAUGUUUAGGUUAAACAUAGGAAUAAAUUACGAUUAUUUUCAUGAUAAAUUUAUUUCCUUUUUAAAUAAAAUUAUUUCACAAAAUAUUAACACCACUGAUAAUGAUACUCCACAAAUAAGUAUCACCAAUAUUCCUAAAGAAAUGAAUUAUGAUGAUUCUUAUUUUAGUCAAAAUAAUUUAAAUUCACAAAAUGAUAACACAUCUCAAAAAAAAAAUAAUGAUACAACCAUUAUGAGUUACCCACUACUUGAUAUUGAUAAUAGGUUCAUGGGAAUAUUAUUUAACAUGUGGCAAAAAAUGGAAAUAAAAUUUUUCGAAAAAAUAUACAAUGAUAAUAUUAACCAUUCUUCUAAUAAGAUUUUAGAACCCGAAGAAAUAUCAAAAAAAAAAAAUUCUAACAAUAUUUUGACUGAAAACAAACCAAACUAUAAUAUUGAUAUAGAUACACAAAAUGAUGAUAAUAAAAUAAAUGAAGAAAAUGAAAAUUUGAUAAAAUCAAACACAUUUUUAAGCAAAUAUAAAAUAUCGAAUGAAUUAAGAGAGCAAGAUUAUUCCAUAGAAGCAUAUGUAAAAUUAAUGGUUCUAGAUGUGUUUAAAUGUAAUGAUGAAAAAAAAGAAAUAAGUUUAGAAGAUUUUAUUAUUCUUUUUAAAAAACUCAAAAUAAAUAUUAAAAUAGAUGCUAUUCAAACUAUUUGGGGUAUCAUAAUUGGGUGUAAAAAUAUUAAUAUAGCAAUCAAAGAAAAAAUAUCAAUUAAAUUAUUUAUUAAAAAAGCAUAUACGACUAACCCUUCAUUAAUAUUCUAUGAAUUUUGUAAAACAAAAGUGAAACUCAAAGAAGCGAAGAAAAAUAUCAAACUCCUUCAAGCUUAUAACAAAAGAAUGCUUCUCUUAUUAAAAAAAUGA